AGAUUUUACGCACAAUACUAAGAGUUUCCAUAUAUGGGACAUGUAGUAAAGAGAGUUUCAUUCAUAAAUACGUUGAUCGUGGAAGAGAAGUUCAUUCAUAAACUGAUCCUCGAAUGUGUGGAGUAGUUUGAUACAAAUAGUAGUUACAAUCGGUGAUCUAACAGUGUUUACAUAACUUCUAUGAAAACACGUGUCCACCAGUAAACAUUGGAAAUGAUUAUGGACGGUUUAGACACUCUAUCGCAAGUUGCACUGGAACAGAUUAACCUUACCAACUUGGCUAAUCUGUGUUUUGAUUGUGGUUCUGUUCCGGGAGGGGGUCGCUUGCCCUCCGAGUCCAUCGAUGACUCUCUGAAUACGCCUGUGACUAGUAAUUCGGAUACAUUCAGCUUUGGAAAUGAUCCUCUAGGGCCUGUGCCUAUUACUGCCCAUGCAAACAUCGAAGCUCAGAUUACCAUACCUGAGAGAAAUUUCGGUGCAGUUCCAUGCACCGAACACCAAACCCAGCCUUCAUUUGACCAAGCUAACCAGCAGGGCAUCACUCACCGCAUCCAAUAUAAAGGUACCCUCGUCACGUCAUCAGUGACUCCAUCAACAACUACAGCGGACCAGCUAUUCCCAAACAGCGGCCAGCCUAUCUUUGCUCCACUGUCGCCCUUACUAAGUAUCCUCACACAGGCAACACAAGUUCAGGCACAAGUUGCUACUUCACAUUGCCACAGUCUCCCAGACUAUUCCUCUUAUCAGUGCCAGCCGCAACUUCAACAGCAGUCAUGCUUCAGCCCUGCUCCAUCCACCACAUCUCAGCACUCGCAUCCCUCUCACGCUGGCUCCCCUCAGCCUGAUAUGGGAGUCCAAGACUGCGAUGCUUAUUCCACUGGGUUUGGAUCCCCCGGUCCUUUGACCCCCAGUUCUACUCAGUCCACUCCGGAACCACAAAUUCCAGUAUGCGAGCCAUUGUCUUUGGACUACACAAGCCCACCUCCUCCUUACACUCGCGCCUUCGAAGCUCAAGUAAAACAGCCCCCAAUAUUCAGUUCGUGCUCUCAACAACAGCCUAUCAUCAGUGAACAACAGCCUAUGAACAUUAGCUACCCUGUGUCAUCAACUAUGUCAAUGACACCCCAAACAGUCCUUCAUUUCACAGACGACAUGCGUGUCAGUGAUAUGAAUACACAUCAAAGCACAGAAUUCAAAUGGACAGUGCAACCAAAUCAGACUGGUUUACCAGACUUUAAUGCUCUUAACGUAACUCAAAACUACCAACAGCCACAGUAUCAAGUUCCAAGCAUAAAACAGGAACCAGGCAUUAGUGACUUAUCAAGUGACUUCUUAAAUCCAUCAUCCCAAGCUGAUUUCGGCAUGUCAUCUCAGAGCACCCCAUCGAAACAUUCGUUGCCUUCAUCCAUUAUCCAGCCCUACCCACAGGGACAACUCAAAUUGUUGCCAGUCAAACCUAGAAAGUACCCAAAUCGCCCAAGCAAAACUCCACCCCAUGAGCGACCAUACGCAUGUCCAGUAGAAAGUUGCGAUCGGCGAUUCUCCAGAAGUGAUGAACUCACACGUCAUAUUCGCAUUCACACCGGACAGAAACCUUUUCAAUGCCGUAUUUGCAUGCGCCAGUUCAGUCGAAGUGACCAUUUAACAACUCAUGUGCGGACACACACUGGAGAAAAACCUUUCUCUUGUGAUGUUUGUGGACGAAAAUUUGCUCGUAGUGACGAGAAGAAAAGACACGCAAAAGUGCAUUUGAAACAGAAAAUGAAGAAAGAAGCAAAAAUGCUGGCUUCAAAUGCACCCCUCCCCCCGGCUACCUCGACAAGUGAUAUGGUCACCAGCAUCCUACAAGGCAGUGUUAGCGGGCCUAGCACAAACUCAAUCCCGCACAUAGUAACGACAUCCUCUCUAUAAAAAAAGACAGUGAAACGUGAAAGACAGCUCAACAAUUUAUUUCACUCUGUUGUCAGGGACUCCGGUGAUUAUAUACUUACUAUAAGUAGAAAGGACAUAAGGUUGUCUAAUGUUUGAGCGCGAAUUGAAAACGAGGUAAUUCGUUUUCGCGCUUUAAAAAAUGAAAGUACAAAAAUACGUAUAGACAAGCUUUAUUAUAGUCAUUUAUUUAUGUUGCCAAGUGUCAUUUUCUCAUUUUACAUAAUUGAUAAAUGUUGUUCCUGUUGUUUGUUAUUGCUGGCAGCAUAUCAGGUACUAGUGCUUAUGUUAAGAAUUCGUUAUAUAUUUGUUAAGUUUCUCCCCAAAUAAAUUACAUUUCAGUAGAUCUGAACCCUAUAAUAGCUUUAUGAAUGGCAUUUUAUUCGUAUAUUUUGUUUUUCUCUAAAAAUACUGUAAAUUUUAUACAAUUACCAAACUCGUAUUUUUAUACCACCUCCUAAAUUAAAUAUUUAGUCGUGUACAGUUGAGGCUUAUAAAAUUCUUUAGCCAAGUUCAUGUGUACAAACUUUCUGUCACGUUGUGAUAAAUAUGUGAUUAUGUGAGACUGUGUGAGAGACAAGUACAUUACUUGUAUGAUAUUUUGUUGAAUUUGCCCUUUUAAACAUUUCUUAUUUUAUUAUAUUUGUUCAUUAUAUGUUGUCAUAUUUCCAUAUUCUUGCUGGCUAAGAGUAAAAAAGCAUGAUGCUAUCAGAAACUGAUAGUCGACUGUUGAAAUAAAUGAGUUAAAAUAUGAAA